UCUUCUUACACAACGUAGCUACGUAGUACAUGCUCCUCCGUGUCAAUUUACGUGGCACCUUUUGAAUUUUGUGAUUCAAAUAGAUUUAUAUUUAAUUGUAAUUGCUUCACUCUUGAAAAGUGAAAAGUGUCGUAUAUCUGAUUUUGGAGGGAAAUCCAAAAUUCAAUUGUUGUGGUGUUAAAAUUAAAGUUGUAUCAAAUGUCUUUUAAUUUUUUGAUCUUAAAUAUGCUACGUGAAAAGUUGAAAUUAAUAUAUUAUCAAAAAAAAAAAAAAGAACCAUUCUUGGACUAAAAGGAAAAAUAGUUGGUUCUUUUUCGGACGGAGGGAGUAUGAAAUAUUGGGUAUAAAGAAGAAGAAUUAAUCAAAAGGUGAAAAAUGAGAAAUGCAUGAGGGACAAGAAAGUAAAAACACAUGCAAAAUGAUGACGGGUGAAGUGGAAAGAAAAAUGGAGAGAAAGCGUUUGAAUGCGCAGCCAUUAGCACUCAUUAGGAAAAUCAAAGGAUUUACUCGUUCAAUCGUUGAGGGUCUAGCUCGAGGUAGUGCACCUUUGAUCUACAUUGAUCGGUUCAGAAAUUACUGUACAGACACUUCUGGAAAUUGCUCUUGCAGCUCUGGUUUGCCGGCAGGCAAGGAAGCUAUAUCCUUGAAGAGGGAAUGCCAUGCACGUAGGCUUGGUAAGUCUAGUAAGGGUAAACAAUCCCUGUAUAUUUCAUUGACUAGUCCUCACCAAAUAGUUGGAGAAGAAAUGAUUGAUCGAGAAGGGGGCAGGAAAGAUAAUUCAAAGUUGUUAUCCUCCGUGAAAAAUGACAAAAUUAGCAGGAGAACUAUUUCCCC